AUGGCUGAAGAGCUUAUCUCUUCAGCCACCGUCGGGUAUAUGAGCGUUAUGGGAACCGCUAGCCUGUUUCAAAUUAUGAGAAGGUAUUAUGACGCCAUCGAAGUCCAUGCUUGUAAGAGCUUCUUCUAUUCCUGCCCCUUCAUUCGUGGUCCACAAACCCCGGGUCAACGAUUCGAUUGGCACCUGGUUCAACAUGUGAAUGGAGCCAUCAAACAAUAUCAGGCAUCGAUGGUGCUGGUGAAUGGGAAUAGUCGGAGUGGAUGGACCGGAUCGAGGGGCGUUCUGUCCUCGGGGUUUCGGAACGAAGAGUGGGACUGUGGAGUCUAUCGCCCCGAGCUCGCUCGCCUAUAUUCACUCCAAGCCUGCUUUGAUUCAACACUCGAACGUGAUUGGGAACAGGAAAGGAAGUAA